ACGCUGCGAGCUGAGCGCUGACGCCUAGCAGUGUAAAAUCCAACGAGACGGGCGCCAACAUAACACCUGCUUUCCCGUUAUAUUACUUUACCAAACCGCGAGAUUCCCUAAGACUUACUAUCAUUCUCGUUUAACCGACAUCCAUGCGAUUCUUCAGGCUGACCUUCAAGUGCUUUGUCGACUGCUUUUGAGACCCUCUUCCUCGUCUCCCUGCGACGCACGUCAAUUAUUGUAAUUUGGAGAUCAAUCUUAUCAACCUUCUGCUGAAGAUCAAUUUAUUUAAACAACCAGACAGCACCCCCUCGGAAAAGUAUUGAAUAACGCGAAUUGAAAAUAAAUCAAUCAAUCAAAACGUGAAUAACGGUUAUUAGUCGAUUCUCGGGCGCGCGCCGCUCCUGGUGUCCAGCGCGCGGUAACUAUGUCGCCAGAAGAGCAUUUCUCCAUCCUUCAAUCCGCUCCAAUCUGGAUUCAACUGCAUCUCUGACAUGCAUAAAACUGCCACUGAUGUCAUAGGAGCACAGCAAACAAUCAAACCCUCAUGCUAUGAUGGAGGCACGUGUGAGGAUGAUUCUCAGGAGGAAGCAGAAGUCGCCCGUCCUUUGGUGUCAGAGACGGAGGGGUCUAAUACAGAGGUGACUGAGCCCAGUGUUUGCGUGGGUUUGGCGGAUACAGGCGACCCCACCACAGAACUGGGGCAUCCAGAACGACAAACAUGGAGCAGACAAAUGGACUUCAUCAUGUCCUGUGUUGGAUUUGCCGUUGGCCUUGGAAACGUCUGGAGGUUUCCUUACCUCUGUUAUAAGAACGGAGGAGGUGUGUUUCUGAUCCCCUAUAUUCUGAUGGUGUUUUUUGGGGGUAUUCCAGUGUUCUUCCUGGAGAUCGCUCUGGGUCAGUUCAUGAAACAGGGUGGCGUCGCCACAUGGAACAUCGCGCCUCUUUUUAAAGGUCUUGGUUUGGCAUCAAUGGUGAUUGUGUUCUUCUGCAACACCUACUACAUCAUGGUUCUAGUAUGGGGCCUGUAUUUUCUGGCUCACUCCUUCACUUCUCCUCUGCCGUGGGCCACGUGUGGACAUGAGUGGAACACCGUCAACUGUACCACCAACUUCAGCCGGGUGUGUUUCAAUCAGUCCCUGUCCCCUUCCCCUCUUAACGUCUCCUCCCUCAACCACAGUGCCAGCUGCCUGGAGCCCGCGGGUUUGAGAUCGUCUGUUAUGGAGUUCUGGGAGCGUAAAGUACUGCGUCUAUCUGGUGGUUUGGAUGAAGUGGGUACCAUCAGCGGUUACUUGGUCUUGUGCCUACUUGCUACGUGGGUCAUCGUCUACUUCUGCAUCUGGAAGGGGAUUAAAUCCGCCGGAAAGAUUGUAUAUUUUACAGCUGUGUUCCCAUAUCUGGUCCUGGUGGUCUUGUUUGUUAAUGGCGUCACACUGCCAGGAGCUCUUAAUGGCAUUAUUUACUACCUGAAACCAAACUGGAGCAAACUCUCCGAGGCACAGGUAUGGAUUGACGCUGCCACACAGAUCUUCUUUUCUUAUGCGAUCGGUCUGGGGGCCCUGACAGCCCUUGGGAGCUACAACCGAUUCAACAACAACUGCUACCAGGAUGCUUUCAUUCUGGCUCUUAUAAACAGCGGCACAAGCUUCUUUGCAGGGUUUGUUGUUUUCUCAGUUCUGGGAUUCAUGGCGGCCGAACAAGGCGUUGACAUCAGUAAUGUGGCAGAAAGUGGUCCUGGUUUAGCGUUUAUUGCCUAUCCAAAAGCAGUGUCGCUCAUGCCUUUUGCGCCUGUGUGGGCGGUGCUGUUCUUUCUCAUGCUUCUGGUGUUGGGAUUGGACAGUCAGUUUGUUGGUGUUGAAGGCUUUAUAACUGGAAUAAUGGACAUGCUGCCCCCGAAGACAUUCAAAGGCUCUCUGCGUCGUGAAGUUGUUGUUGCAAUAUGCUGCUUUACCUGCUUUACUAUCGAUCUUUCCAUGGUGACCGAGGGAGGGAUGUAUGUGUUCCAGCUGUUUGACUAUUACUCGGCGAGUGGGAUUACUAUGCUUUGGCAAGCCUUCUGGGAGUGUGUGGUGGUGGCCUGGGUGUAUGGUGCCGAUCGCUUCAUGGACGACGUGGCCUGUAUGAUCGGCUAUCGUCCUCUGCCAUAUAUGAAGUGGUGCUGGUCUUACAUCACGCCGGUAGUGUGUAUGGGUGUUUUCUUUUUUCAUGUGGUCAACUACAAGCGAUUAGUGUAUAAUGCCGUGUAUGUGUACCCGUGGUGGGGUGAGGUGCUGGGCUGGUUUCUCGCUCUCUCAUCCAUGCUUUGCAUUCCUCUCACCGUCCUCUACAAACUGCUGCACUGCAAAGGCUCUCUCAUGGAGCGUUGGCAGCAUUUGACCACACCUAUCUGGGGGCGACAUCACCUUGAGUUCCUUCCACCUGAGAAUGAAGCCAGACUUCUGCCAAAGGCGGAAGAGAAUAAAAACACACUGUUAUAUGAAAGUGUCAUUUAAUAUCCUCGCCAGCACUAGCAACUGAUCAGAUUCAAACAUCAC